GUCUUGACAAAACUACCCUUCGGCCUUUUCCAGGACACCCCAAGCAUAUUCCCAUUUGCCAACGGCCUUAUACUGCCAUAAAUACAGUGCUCAACAAACCAAUACCAAAACAGAAGUAGAAAAUGGGCAGGAAAUUCUUCGUAGGCGGUAACUGGAAAUGCAAUGGAACCACUGAAGAGGUGAAGAAGAUAGUAAAUGUACUCAACGAAGGUCAAGUUCCAUCUCAAGAUGUUGUUGAGGUUGUGAUUAGCCCACCCUUUGUGUUUCUUCCACUGGUGAAGAGUUUGUUGAGGCCUGAUUUUCAUGUUGUGGCCCAAAACUGUUGGGUUAAGAAGGGAGGUGCUUUCACCGGUGAGGUUAGUGCGGAGAUGCUUGUCAAUUUGAGUAUUCCUUGGGUUAUCCUUGGUCAUUCUGAAAGGAGACUUAUCUUAAAUGAAUCAGACGAGUUUGUAGGGGAUAAAGUUAAGUAUGCGCUUUCUCAAGGCAUAAAAGUGAUUGCAUGUGUUGGUGAGACUCUUGAGCAACGUGAGGCAGGAUCUACUAUGGAGGUUGUGGCUGCACAAACCAAAGCAAUUGCAGAACGAGUCUCAGAUUGGUCAAAUAUUGUUUUGGCCUACGAGCCUGUGUGGGCUAUUGGAACUGGAAAAGUUGCUACUCCAGCUCAAGCUCAGGAAGUUCAUUCUGAAAUGAGGAAAUGGCUCCAUACAAACACCAGUCCUGAGGUAGCCGCAACAACCCGGAUAAUCUAUGGAGGAUCUGUAAAUGGUGCAAACUGCAAGGAAUUGGCAACUCAGCCUGAUGUUGAUGGAUUUUUGGUGGGUGGAGCUUCUCUGAAGCCGGAGUUCAUUGACAUUAUCAAGUCUGCGGAGGUGAAGAAAAGUGCCUGAAGGCAUAGCUUGGUGAGUGUCGCAAGCCUUUGCUCUAUGUGACAUGGUUUCUGAGACUGGUUUUGGACAGUUUUUUAAGGGGAAAGUUGUGCUUUUGUAUAUCCAUAAGCUCCUUAAAUGAAUUCUAUCUAUGAAAAAAUAAUUCUAUUUCCCUUA